GCCAAAAGUCUCGUCUCGAACUCGAGAGAACCCAGCUUCCGAACGUCGUUUGCUUGUUGUUAAAAAUACCAACAUCUAAAAAUAACCAGUGUGUCUUCAGACACUCUCUCUUCGUCAUCACUGGUGUUCCUGGUUUUAAUUUUUAAUUGGUCAAAAUGGAUCCCGAAAUGUUUUUGGAGGUGGCGAACCAGGUGACGAAGUUAAAAAUGUUCCCGUAUUUUGAUAUUGCUCACGCCGUCCUUUGUUGUCUCCAUGUCAGAGAGGAUCUGGGGGCCAAUACCCACCCCUUUUCUCGCCGCCACCCUUUGACCACAUGGAUAUGCUGUAUUUUCGAAAUAUUUGCUGGUGGAAUGUUGGCCUCGUUAUUUUUAGGGGAACCAGUUUUAAGUCCUUUGAAAUCCAACCAGCACUUGUUACUUUACACUGCCGUGUGGUACGUGAUAUUCUAUUGCCCAUUCGACGCUGGUUAUAAAAUAUCCAAAUUUCUUCCCGUCAAACUCACCUUUUCCGUUCUCAAAGAGAUUUACAGAGUUAAGAAAGUCUACGAUGGAGUAACUCACUCAUUGAAAAUCUACCCAAGCGGAUAUCUUAUCGCCCUCAUAAUUGGAACCAUCAAAGGAAAUGGGGCAGGAUUCUGUAAAAUCUUUGAACGAUUAUUACGAGGGGUAUGGACUCCGGGAGCUAUCGAAAUUCUUCAGCCUUCCUUCCCCACGAAAGCUUGUAUCGCCGCAUCACUCAUUUUCUUAUUGGAUAAGAAAACCGAAUUCAUCUCGGCACCUCACUCACUUCUCUACUUUGGAAUCGUCGUCUUUUUCGUCUACUUCAAGAUCUCCUCAAUCCUUUUGGGAAUCCACGAUCCGUUCGCCCCCUUUGAAAAUAUUUUCUGCGCUCUAUGCAUGGGUGGAUUGGCAGAUGCUAUUACUCGUGCGUUUGGUGGAUCACCAGGGUCUAGCCCUUCAUCCGCAACUCAGAAACCAACUCCGAGCUCUCCCACUCCGUCUCCUGACGUAUCUUCCGAAAAGAAGAAAGAUUGAGAAUUAUUUUAUUAAUUAAUUAAUAUAUAAAAACCACACCCCCUCCAUCAUCCCCACUGCCUAUAAUGCAAUAUUACACUUGUAAGCAGUUAUCUAGUCAAAUAAAGCUAUCUUGUGUGAUCUACAA